AUGUAUAUAUUAAGCGCCUUGGUUUCGCCUGUGGUGAUAAGUUGCCUUUCUUUGGCGAACGUUGUUGCUUCGUUUCCAACCAACAGCCAAGACUUACCGCUUUCGAAGCGCAAUGCGACAAUCGAACAAGACGUCUUUUUCGACAUCAAUAGUACCGAGGCGGAGAAGAGAAUCGCAAAACUGAAGGCUGAAGGAUACCGACCGACAUCUCUGAGCAUCCAUGGCUCGCCCACCGAUGCAAAAUAUGCUGGGAUCUGGACCAGGGAGGAUGGCAACAAAUACGAGACUAUACUUGGCGCCGACAAUAACGCCUACACUGCUUGGCUGGACCGUUGGAGGGCGAAUGGGUAUGUUUCUACCCACGUCUCCGCCACUGGACCCGCCUCUGCUGCCCUGUUCGCGGGAGUGAUGCAAAAGACGUCUUCGAUCGGUACAUGGACCCAGCUCUGUGGUCUCGAUAAUCCUAACACAUAUCUCAAUACCACCCUGGGAACACCGAUGAUCAUCAAAGGCGUGAGCAUGUAUGGAUCUCGGAAUGAGCGCCAGUACUGUAUUCUUGGGCACGAAGAUACGAUCAACUACCAACAGACUGUUUAUUAUCAGACGAAUUCCUUUAUGAACGACUACAAAAUGGUGGAAGCUGCCGAGACUUCAAAGAAAUAUUGGAGACCGGUCUAUAUUGACGUGUCUGAGGACCAUGUCCUUUCAUCCAUAUUCGAUGACUCGAGCGUUGGACAAUGGACGGCCCUCACAGAUCUCACCGCGUCGCAACUAGAUUCAGAAAUCAGCGCACAAGGCAAGAAAAAUAUGUACCCUAUUCACAUCUCUGGUGGUGGAGAAGCGGGAGCGAGAUAUGCUGUCAUCUUCGCAGAGCGAACAAGCCCUCUGAGUCGCGAUUGGCACACUACUGGCACUGUCACCGGCUUUACCGACAACAAUGCAGUCAGCAAGGGAAUGGACCAAGUUAUGCAAGAAUUCAUGAAACGCAACAGCGUUCGACAAGCUCAAGUCGCCGCCUCAUUCAACGGAAAAGUCGUCGCCUCUCGCGCAUACACAUGGGCCGAGAGCGACCGUGCCAUUGUCAAGCCAGAAGACAAGUUCCUCCUUGCUAGUGUCUCCAAGAUCUUUACGUACGCUGCUACAAACAAGCUCGUCGACGCAGGUUUGCUGAAUUUGACUACUCGCGUCUACCCGCUCCUCGGAUACAACAAUCCCGCAGAUCCACGCUCACUGGACAUCACUGUUCAGCACCUCUUGGACCACACUGCGGGCUUCGACCGCACCAAGUCGCCAGAUCUAGGUUUUAUAUUCACAACUGUUGCACAGUCGCUCAACCAAGCUACUCCAGCCACCCUGCGCCAGGUCAUCGACUACGUAGCUGCGCGGCAGCUAGAUUUCGCCCCCGGGUCCAGCUAUGAGUACUCGAACUACGGCACCAUGCUCCUGAGCUACGUCAUAACAAACCUGACUGGCGAGUCAUAUCUCUCGUACAUCCAAAAGAACGUGCUCGAAGGCGCCGACGUGGACCUCUGGCCUACAUCUAGCGACAAACACAAGACAGACGCCAUCGUGCAAGAGACAGCCGUCACAGGCAUAUCCGCGCUAUUGCCACUCUCAAAAAUCCGGGUCUCUGCCGCAGAGGGCGGCGACGGCUCGAUUAAAGAGGAGGCGAUCGGUGCGUUCGGCCUCAGGGCUUCGGCUGAAACAAUGUCGCAGUUCAUUGGAAAACAUUCCGUGUACGGGGUUGGAGGCCGCCAGCCCUUUAGUUAUCGGGAUGGGACGCUAGCUGGUACACGUGCUAUUGCGUAUAGUAUGGACGAGUUGGACUGGGCACUGACCCUGAAUACCAGGGAGUACGUCGAUGAGCAAGCGUGGGCGGACCUAGCGUUUAACAAAAUCCAGAGUGUCUGGUAUGCCGCCACACUUGCUAAGUAG